AGAAUGGAUUUAGAUGAUAAAUCAUUGGAUAGUGAAAAUAGCCAAAAUGGACCAAAUAGUGAUUAUGAUUGUCCAAAUGAUGAAUUGAGUAUUGAAUUUGAUCAUGAUCCAUCGAUAUCACCAUUGGAUAUGAGACUUGUCUGUGAUUCAUUUAGACGUUCCAUUAAGGAUAAAUCUGAGAUUGAUUUAUGCCUUUAUCUAAAAGCAUACAGUGAAUUGAUCAAAUUCUUCAAUAUGUUUGGAGCAUUAUUCACAUUUGUAACCAAAGAUGUACAUUCAAAGAUUGAAAUUUUAGAAUCAUAUGCAAAUGAUGAUAACCAUGGUAGCAAUUAUCGUACAAUCGCUUUAAUGAUCGAAUUUGAACGUAAUCAAAAUUUAUUAAUUGACCAAAAACGGCCUUCCGGUUCACGUACAUUAUUACGUUUACAUCGUGCAUUAGAAUUUAUAUCAACAUUUUUAAUGGAAGUAACUAAAUUAGAGGAUGAUGCUAGUACAGUUUCAGCUGCACGUUAUGCAUAUAAUCAAACAUUAGCCAAAUAUCAUCCUUGGUAUGUAAGGAAAUCUGUACAAAUUGCAACCAUUUCAUUACCAUAUCGUCGUAAUCUUGUUGAACGUGUUUAUGGUGGCCGUUAUCCAAAUGGUGGUGCAAAAAAAGUAAAUGAUAAUAUGUCCUAUAUGGCUAAUAUUACCGAACAGGUAUUCAAAGCAACACAAAAACUUUAUGAAGAACAUGAACUUCUUGAUCUGCCAUAAUAAUAAUUAAUUAAUUAAUUGAAAUUGAUAUAUAUGAUUAUUGUUCAUCCGGUUAAUUCAAUACAAUGCAAUUUGCAAUACACACACACACACACACACAUUCAUUGCACGAAUACACUGAUUUGUUCAUUAGAAGAUUUUUAUGUUCAAAAAAAAAAACAAAAUAUUUCUCUUUGUUAUUGCCAUAAUUUUAAUUAAUUACACGUAUAUAUUACCUUAAUCAGAUAAAAAAAAAUCGAAAUCAAACACUCUCA